UUUUUCUAGUACUCGGUAUCUACGACAUUUACCCAGACGGUUUACUCAGCAAUGACUCGACUUAAGAAGAAUAAGACUGAGAAUUAUAAGGUGGUCAUGAAAAAUCUUAUAGCCGGUGGUGUUGCCGGCAUGUGCUCAAAAACUGCCGUGGCUCCUUUGGACAGGAUUAAAAUUUUAUUGCAAGCACAGCACGAGCAUUAUAAACAUUUAGGUGUUUUCUCGGGAUUCAGGGAAAUUGUUCAACGAGAAAAUUUUUUUGCUUUAUAUAAAGGCAAUCUCGUUCAAAUGAUUAGAGCCGUGCCAUAUGCAGCGAUACAAUUUACAGCAUAUGAACAGUAUAAGAAGUACUCAGAGGAAUCAUUUAAGAAAUGUUCGCAAGUAAAUGGGUUCUUAGCUGGAGCUGCCGCGGGUGUCACAGCAGCUGCAACUACGUAUCCGCUUGAUACUAUCAGAGCAAGACUAGCCUUCCAAGUUACCAGCAAUCCAUAUUAUUCAGGAAUCAAACACGUUGCUGUAAGAAUGCUGAAAGAGGAAGGUGGCCUUCGAGCAUUGUACAGAGGUUUCUGGCCAAAUAUGUUAGGAAUGAUGCCAUAUGCCGGAUUUUCUUUCUACACGUUCGAAAAACUAAAAUAUCUAAGCAUAAAAUAUGCGCCACAUUAUCUUUGUUCUGAGCAUAAAACAAAUACCAAUAGUCUUAUAUUGAAUAUACCAGCGAAACUUCUAUGUGGAGGCGCUGCCGGAGCGGUAGCACAUAUCUUCUCUUAUCCAUUAGAUGUUACCAAAAGACGUAUGCAAUUGGCUAUGAUGAAUCCAGCUACAUAUAAGUACGCGUCAGGAAUGUUACCUACUCUUAGAAUGAUAUAUACCGAGAAUGGUAUUGUGAAAGGUUUAUAUCGUGGAAUGAGUAUCAAUUUCUUACGAGCAGUUCCUUUCAUGGCAGUUGGUUUUGCAACAUAUGAAGUAAUGAAGCAAAUGCUCCAUUUAGACACUGGAAUAAGAUUAUAA